GAGCAUUCAGAUGAGAACAGCUACUCCGGCUUGCAAUGGAUUUGCAAUGUAGCAUCCUUACAAUCAUCCUGGCAUUGAUCCUUCAACUUCACAUUACCGCUACCUGGUUGUUCGACUGCAAACGCAUCGGCUUCGGCUACUACACUAUCCAGAAAAACUGCAUUCUAGAGAACGUAUUUAUCAGCAAUGAAACCACCCUAUAUCGAGUGUUCUUCCCGCCGGUUGAUCUGGAGAUCAACUACGGCUCCAUCCGAAACUUCGACCGACAUGUGGCGUCCCGCAUGAGCAACAAAACGAAACGGAUAACGGUGACCCAUUCGGAAGUGGAGAAAUUUUUCCUGAGGGAUAUCUUGGAAUAUGCGGAGAUUAUUCAUAACAAAAUCUCGGCGGUGGAAUUUGACUCGGCUGGGGAGCUGGUCGUAUGGAUGCUAAGGUUGAACUAUAAUCAGCUGCGAGAUGCCUCGUUUGUGAGUGAAAUCAGAACACUGGUGAUUCUUGGCUUGAGUAAUAACCUGAUAAGCAGUGUAGAUUGGAACACGUUUGCAAAGCUGGAUCGAUUGAAGUCGCUGGAUCUGGGAGGAAAUUUGAUUGUGGAAAUUGACUGCCGUGGGCAGUCAUAUCUACCUUCUUUGAGAAGAUUGAUCUUGGCAGAGAACAGUAUAGUGCAUUUUGAUCUUAGAGGUGUUGUCAUGAAAGACUUAAAAGAUUUCAACAUAUCAAUGAAUAGGAUUCCAACACUGAACACGUUCCAGCUAGAAAGAAGCUUUCCGACGAUUGAGGAGGUUGAUUUGAACAAUAACCCAUGGAAUUGUGGCCGACAGAUGCAAAUCAAUAGUUUAUUGAUGUUUAAGCGGAUCAAAAGACACACAACUAAAGCUCAGGUGGUCUGUCAUGAUGAUUUUCUGGAGCAGAUGGCGCUGGGCGCACCUGAUGGAAUUGAUAAGCUGACAAGUCGCCUAAAUCUCACGGAAGUAUUGCGCUUGAAGCAACUCGGAAUGCAUCACAUUGAUUCCCGAUUAAUGUUUUCACAGGUGAGAGUCGACUUCCUGAGCGAAAUUCUGAAUGAAAUGAAAGAAGCGUCCAACGAAUUACUUCGAAAAACCAACCAUUUGUUCCAACUAAACAACCUACGAACGUCACGUAACAUAAAUAUGCACAGCUGAGCGACGUGUGUUUAUGGUGCAAGCAUAAUAAAGUUGUAAAAACAUAAAAACCAUAAAACUGUUGUUUUCUUUGGCUAUUUCGGUCUCAAAGCAGCCAGUUUCGAAGGCGGAAGAAAGGAUUUCCGCCCUGGUAAGCCUUCCGGUCCAAGGCCUCGACACGAAGCAUCAUCAAAGUUAUUCUCCGCUGAGCUGUCGUCAUUCAUGGUUUCCUACCUUUUGUUACUUCCGGACACAGGCAGG